AAUUCAGGCUCCGACCAAGAGCGUGACCCGUGUUUUAGGAUUGGCGUGCCACAACGUCCUCGACGCGCUUGCACUCAUAUCUUCUCUGCCCUCAACCACCACCAUCUCUGUUCAGCCUGGUCACUAUGCAGGUGAAGCUGAAUGUGGACCAAUUUAACAAACGUCUCUCAAAAGUUGUCCAAUCUUGGAGUAAUGCAAGCAAUGACAGCGAUUACAGCUCAGUAGCUGACGUCGGUGCCCUUUUUCUCUCCGCUGGAGACCCUGCUGGGGAGGAUGAACCCAUACGGAAGGGGACUGCUUUCCAGACGUGGCUGCUAGGUUAUGAAUUCCCAUCCACUUUUAUGCUGUUUCAAAAGGACAAACUCUACAUCCUAUGUUCAGCGUCGAAAGCGAAAAUUCUUGCUCAAAUCGCUGGUCCGAAUUCUCACGUCCCUAUCGAGAUCCUCGCACAGGCUAGGCCCAAGGACCCUCCCACGGACGCUCUGCAGCGGUUCCUGCAGGCCUACACAUCGCAUCAGCGUAUCGGAGCCUUGACAAAAGAGGCGCAUACCGGCAAGUUGAUUGAUGACUGGACCGCAGCACUGAAUGCCGCGGACAGUAAGCCUGAAAUUGUGGAUAUGGCACCCGCUGUGUCGAGUUUCAUGGCGGUGAAGGACGAGGAAGAACUCAAAUGUCAUAAAACAGCGGCGAAUCUAACCUCAACGCUUCUGGCGCACCAUGUUGUCGUCAAAUUAGAGACUAUCCUUGACCGGGAAGCACAGAUUUCGCAUGAAAUGUUAGCUUCGCAGAUUGAGGCGCGACUUGGCUACGGGGAAGGGGACAACGCGAAGGGUCCUGACAUGAAGGUUUGGAGCAAGGGCAAAGGAUUGACUGAUGUCGACUGGACAUCAACGGAGUUCUGCUACACCCCUAUCAUUCAAUCUCAAUCUUCUAGCACUGGAUUUGAUCUCAGACCAAGUGCAGAAUCGACAAGCGAUAAUAUGGCUCACAAAGGUGUCUUCCUACUCGCGUUGGGCAUGCGUUACAAGGGCUACUGUGCCAAUCUAGGCCGAAGCUUCAUUGUGGAUCCUAGCAAGGAGCAAGAAGCCAUCUAUGCCUUGUUGUUGUCUCUUCAGGCCGAGAUUCUGACUAAACUUACUGACGGCGCGGUUGCCCGAGAUGUCUAUAACCAUGCCUUGUCGUUUGUCAGAGAGAAGAAGCCCGAACUUGAGAAGCACUUCGUGAAAAACAUUGGCCAUGUUACGGGCAUGGAGUUCCGUGACUCGACGUAUCUUCUAUCUGCCAAGAAUACACGGCAACUGAAGAGGGAUAUGGUACUCAAUCUGGCACUGGGUUUCCAGGACCUUGAGGAGGACGGCAAGAAAUAUGCCCUUCAUUUAGUCGAUACGGUGCAUGUUACCGGUGACGACAAAGCUGUCUGCCUUACUACUGGCGUCAAAUCCAUAAAGGACACGAUGUUUUUCCUCAAUCAAGAGCCCGAGGACAACGUCAAGGCCUCAAAGCCGGCGAAGAAGGUGCGAACGACUAAGCAGGGUGCUAAUGGCAAUGUUUCUCCUGUAAAGAACAAAACCGCUGGAGGCAAGGUACUGCGGAACAAAACAAGGGGCUCCGCGCACGAGGAACAAGUCCAGAGUGCCAUAGCUCGGAUAGCUGAACACCAACGCGACCUUCAUGAGAGGCUACAGCAGGAAGGUUUGGCGAGGUUCUCGGAAGGUGGUGGUGGCGUCGGAGGGAAGGAGGGUAAAGGAUGGAAACGCUUCCAAAGCUAUAAGGGUGAAGCUGCUCUGCCUAAGGAAGUGGAGAAUCUCCGGGUUCUCGUCGAUCGCAAGGCGCAAACGGUCAUUCUUCCUAUGCAUGGUUUCGCUGUGCCCUUCCAUAUCAACACGAUCAAGAACGUCAGUAAGAAUGACGAAGGAGAGUUCACAUAUCUCCGUGUCAACUUCCAGACGCCAGGCCAACUAGCCGGCAAGAAGGAAGAUACACCCUUUGAAGACCCCGAUGCUACGUUCAUUCGUUCCAUCACCUAUCGAUCCCCUGAUGGUCAUCGUUUUGAUUCCAUAUCGAAGCAAAUCACUGAUCUGAAGAAGGAGGUCAACAAGCGUGAACAGCAAAAGAAGGAAAUGGCUGACGUUAUCGAGCAAGACGUUCUCCAGGAGGUCAAGGGACGAAGGCCACUGCGACUUCCAGAGGUUUUCGUCCGACCUGCUUUGGAUGGCAAACGUCUCCCCGGAGAGGUCGAGAUACAUCAGAACGGUAUCCGAUAUCAGUCACCUGUCAGUUCGCAGAAGAUCGACGUUCUCUUCAGCAACGUCAAACAUUUGUUCUUCCAACCUUGUGAACAUGAACUCUUGGUUAUUGUCCACGUUCACUUGAAGGCCCCCAUCAUGAUUGGCAAGAAGAAGGCACACGACGUCCAAUUUUACCGCGAAGCCUCUGACGUUCAGUUUGACGAGACCGGCAACCGCAAACGGAAGUACCGAUACGGCGAUGAGGAUGAAAUCGAGUUGGAGCAACAAGAACGAAAGCGUCGCCAGAUGCUGAAUAAAGAGUUCAAGCAGUUCGCAGAAAAAAUUGCCGAGGCUGCAACUGCAUCGACUGGCGACACUUUGGAACCUGAUAUUCCGUUCCGAGAACUUUCCUUCGAGGGUGUGCCUUUCCGUACCAAUGUUCGCCUCCAACCUACGACCGAAUGCUUGGUGUAUCUUUCCGAUCCUCCAUUCCUCGUGGUCACCCUGGCCGACAUUGAGAUUGCGUCAUUGGAACGUGUUCAGUUCGGUCUGAAACAGUUCGAUAUGGUGCUCAUCUUCAAGGAUUUCACCAAGACACCCUUACACAUUAACUCGAUACCGAGUGCUCAGUUGGAUGAUGUGAAGAACUGGCUUGAUUCCGUCGAUAUCCCUCUCGCUGAGGGUCCCGUCAAUUUGAACUGGGGUCCUAUCAUGAAGACCAUCAACGAGGAUCCUUACGACUUCUUCCAGAAUGGCGGUUGGUCUUUCUUGGGCGGCGCUCCUGGAGACGAGGUUCGUACCAUUCACUUUAUUGUCCGUAUCGCCCUUCUAACUCUUGAAAUCAACAGAGCGAUGCCGAGGCUGACUCAGAUUCCGAGUCCGAGUUUGAGGCUGAGUUUGAAGAGGAGGAGAGCUCCGAAAGCAGCGAAGCUGAAAGCGAAUAUGGCGAUUCUAAUGCCAGUGAAGAUGAAGGCAGUGGCUCUGACUUCGAUGAGGAUAGCGAAGGUGACGACUGGGACGAGCUCGAGCGGAAGGCCGCCAAAUCCGACAAGAAGCGAACAGAGGCGGGUCUUGGUCAUGAGUCUGAAGAUUCAGAUCGCCCCAAGAAGAAAAAGGCUGCACCAAAGGCUAACGGGAAAUCCGCUGCCAAUGGGAAAGCCAAGUGCAGGCGAUGAUUUCCGGCUUCUGACAACCAUUUCGUACAUAUGUAUUUUACCAUAACUUACUCGCUGGAUAGUUUGCUUUGUAUGUUUGUAUUCUUCCUUCGCUUUGAACUGCAAUUCAGUUGUUAUUGUGCGUCUGGCGUUGCAUACACAUGUGUUAGAUCGGAAGAGGCGAGCCCUCGGAGACGAUCAUGAUCGACUGCGCAGAGGUUUUGAGGUCUUGAGA